UACCAACAGUUUUAAUCCAUACGUUUAAUGGGAAAUGUAUUUCGAAGAAGAAAUCAAAUGUUUGGUUAGGCUGGAAUUUGAAACUUUAAUGGUCAAGAAUGCUUGUCCACAUGAAAGCAAAGACGUGGCCAAAACUAUUUUGUCAUUUUAUCGUUUAUUUUAUAUAAGGAUCCAACUCACACCACCACCUUCCUUAACUUAUCCAAUUCUCUCAGCUAUCUCUCUCUCUCACAGCUUCAUUUAGAAUCAGCUGUGAGCAUCUGUGUUUAGAAGGGGAGAAAGAACCUGUGUUGGAUCUCUUCAAUCUCCUAUACCAAGUUUCAUGUCUGAACUCGACAUCCAAAUACCUAGUGCCUUCGAUCCAUUUGCAGAGGCUAAUGAUAAGGACUCUGCCGGGGCAAAGGGGUACGUUCAUGUGCGUAUACAGCAGCGUAAUGGUAGGAAACGCUUGACCACUGUCCAGGGCUUGAAGAAGGAAUUCAGCUAUAGUAAAAUACUCAAGGACCUUAAGAAAGAAUUUUGCUGCAAUGGUACUGUUGUCCAGGAUCCAGAGCUGGGCCAGGUCAUUCAACUUCAAGGUGAUCAACGAAAGAAUGUUUCUACCUUUCUAGUUCAGGCUGGCAUUGCGAAGAAGGAACAUGUCAAGAUUCAUGGUUUUUAAGCAGCACUCUCAGCAGUAGCAGAUAUACUUAAAUGUUUGCAACUGCUGUUUCAUAUAAGAGAUCAUACAAUUUAUAUGGCUCUAGGACUCGAGUAUAGUGUCUAUAAUGUAUUUUCAAUUUCUGUCAAACUAAUAUUCUCAAGCAUUAAUAAAAUACUAUCUUCGUCUA